AUGCUCGCUGGGGCGUUAAAGCCAGCAGCCCUGCAGCAGCAGCAGCAGCAGCAGCGAGUGCAGCAGCAGCAGCAGCAGCAGCGAGUGCAGCGGCGGCGGCACCUUCCGCAAGCGAAGCUACUGUUGCCUCUGCUGCUGCUCCUCAUCAGCCUGUGGGGCCCCCCGUGGGUUCUGACCCAAGGGGGGCCCCUGGAGGGGCCCCCUCAGGGGCCCCUCCGGGGGCCCCCCUUGCUGGCAGCAGCUUCCCUGCUGCAGCAACGCGGCGCCCACUAUUUCCUGCCUCGCUGCGCCUACAGCAGCAGCAGCAGCUGCUGCUGCUCCAGCAGCAGCAGCUGCUGCUGCGGCAGCCUGCAGCGCCGCCGCCCUGCCCUAGACUGCCCCAUGGGCUUCAUAGCAAGUCGGGGACCUCUACUGACUAAGGGGGGCCCCCAGGAGGGGCCCCCUUACCCCGGAGGGGGCCCCCUGUACCCCCAAGGGGGGCCCCAUCACCUCCAAAGGGGGCCCCCUUACCCCGAGAGGGGGGCCCCCUUCCCGUUGGGGGCCCCCCGGACCCUCCAAGGGGCCCCUACUGCGCUGUGGGGCCGGCGGCGGGGGCCCCCCGAGCAGCAGAGGGCCCCUCAGGGCCCCCUGGGGGCCCCGCAGGGUACCCUGGGGGCCCCCUGGGACCGCGCAGCAUUUGUUAAAGGCCUUCGCCCCAAACUGCAGGCUUGUGUAGAAGCCCUGCAGCAGCACUUCCUCGCUAUUGGCAGUAUACAGCUAUCGUAA